AUUUUUUUGCUGGCAUUGCAGUAAUCAGAAAACAUGGCCGUGAUUCACUGCCUAUGGCUGAUGUUGUUCUGCUGGUCUGUGGGAGAAGUAUACUGCCAGACCUUUCCUUAUGUCUCCUUCAUGAGCCAGACUCUGGCCAACCAUUCCUAUGUGGACCUCAGUAUAGUGGGGAGACCUGAUGGUGGUGGUGAAGGUGUAAAUGUCAGUAAGAGUGAUGUUAUCUUCCAGAACAAUGUCAGCAAAAGUCACUCCAGUGUAGAUGAUGGAGGUGGAGAGGUGAACACUGCCAGCCCAGGAGAUCCUGAC